AUCCACAUGCGCAUGCAGGGGCCCUGUGCGGUAGCAGCGUGUGUCCCCUACACAUCCAAUCGACCUCUUGUACAUUGCUCUCCGGUUUUCAAACAUGUCCCGUUGUCUGUCGCUGGCCCGGGUGACUCUCGGACUCUCCAGGGCCAAAUCUGGGAUUGUACCGUGUGUGGCGCGAGGGCUGAGUACACGAGCCAUCCAGCAGCAGCUCUCGUGCUCUGGAGGGCAUCAUCGGACACAACUGCAGAAAUGGAGCAGUCGACCCAGAGUGUGGAGCGCAUGCCUUUCCAUCUGCCCAAAGAGUUAUUACAGCACCCAGCAAGCAGAGCAGGAGCCCGAGGAAGAGCCUCUACACACCAUCAUCAGUGACACAGAGGCCGUCCAAGGUUCCUUUUCAAAACACGAAUUUCAGGCAGAGACCAAGAAACUGUUGGACAUUGUUGCAAGAUCUUUGUACUCAGAAAAAGAAGUUUUUAUUCGGGAGUUGAUCUCUAAUGGAAGCGAUGCUCUGGAAAAACUACGGCACAAGCUUAUGACUGCAGGUGGAGAGACUGCCCCAAUGGAGAUCCAUCUGAAGACUGACGCCAAUCAAGGCACUUUCACCAUCCAGGACACAGGGGUUGGCAUGAACCAAGCAGAGCUGGUAGAGAACUUGGGAACUAUUGCUCGUUCUGGUUCAAAGGCUUUCUUAGAUGCCCUUCAAAACCAGGCAGAGGCCAGCAGCACCAUUAUUGGUCAGUUUGGGGUGGGCUUUUACUCCGCCUUCAUGGUAGCGGACCACGUGGAUGUGUAUUCACGGGCUGCAGACCCGGACUCGCCAGGAUACAAGUGGUCCUCCGAUGGCUCAGGUGUUUUUGAGAUUGCUGAAGCCAGUGGGGUUCAACAAGGCACCAAAAUUGUGCUUCACCUUAAAGACGACUGCAAAGAGUUUUCUCAUGAGGAUAGAGUUAAAGAGGUUGUGACAAAGUACAGUAACUUUGUGAGUUUCCCAAUUUUCCUGAAUGGAAGAAGGCUGAAUACACUGCAGGCACUGUGGAUGAUGGAACCAAAGGAAAUCAGCGAGUGGCAGCAUGAAGAGUUUUACCGCUAUGUCGCCCAAGCAUAUGAUAAACCACGUUACACUCUGCACUAUCGCGCUGACGCCCCACUCAACAUCAGAAGCAUCUUUUAUGUCCCAGAGGCGAAACCCAGCAUGUUUGAUGUGAGCAGAGAAAUGGGCUCUAGUGUGGCUCUGUACAGCAGAAAGGUUUUGAUCCAGACAAAAGCCGCAGACAUCUUACCCAAGUGGCUGCGCUUCCUGAGAGGUGUGGUGGACAGUGAGGACAUCCCCCUGAAUUUGAGCAGAGAACUUCUCCAGGAGAGUGCACUCAUAAGAAAACUGCGUGAUGUGCUCCAGCAGAGAGUCAUUCGUUUCCUUCUGGAUCAGAGCAAGAAGGAGCCAGAGAAGUACAAUAAGUUCUUUGAGGAUUACGGCCUUUUCAUGAGAGAGGGCAUCGUCACCACCCAGGAACAAGAUGUCAAGGAGGACAUUGCAAAGCUGUUGAGAUUCGAGUCAUCUGCUCUGCCAGCCGGUCAGCAGACAAACCUCAUGGAGUAUGGCUCCCGCAUGAAGGCUGGCACACGCAACAUCUACUACCUGUGUGCCCCCAAUCGUCACCUGGCAGAACACUCUCCCUACUACGAGGCCAUGAAGCAAAAGGACAUGGAGGUGCUGUUUUGCUAUGAACAGUUUGAUGAGCUGACACUGCUUCAUCUUAGAGAAUUUGAUAAGAAAAAGUUGAUCUCAGUGGAGACGGACAUUGUGGUGGAUCAUUACAAGGAGGAGAAAUUCCAGGACACCAAACCUGAAUCCGAGCGCCUCACACAGGAACAGGCUGAUGACCUGAUGGCUUGGAUGAGAAAUGCUCUCGGCCCUCGAGUCACCAACAUUAAAGUCACUCCCCGCCUGGACACCCAUCCAGCCAUGAUCACAGUGCUGGAAAUGGGAGCUGCCCGACAUUUCUUGCGGACACAGCAGUUGGCUCGCACUGCAGAGGAGAGGGCCCAAAUACUCCAGCCCACCUUAGAAAUCAAUGCAGGACAUGACCUCAUCAAGAAGUUACAUGAACUGAAGGAUUCAAACACUGAUCUGGCUGGACUGUUACUAGAACAGAUCUAUGACAACGCCAUGAUUGCAGCAGGCCUGAAUGACGAUCCUAGGCCGAUGAUUUCCCGCCUCAAUGAGCUGUUAACUAAAGCUCUGGAGAAGCACUGAGACACUUUACACAUAGACUCUGCUUUAUUAUAGGUUUAUUAUCAUCAGUCGCUUUAAGGAGGACAGUGGCACAUGGACUGAAUGUACAGCUGAAGAUGUGACUUGUUCUCUCAAAGGCCAUUGAUAUCCUUCAGUUUUUAUCUCAAAUGAAAGCUGUCCUACUUCUGUUGGAUUAAGUCAUUGUGGCCAUAAGGAAGCAAUACUGAAGUAAAAAAGUCUGUUAAUGUAAAAACGUGGAUGUGAUAAUACCGCUCAAUUAUAAUGUAUACUUUUCUAAUUGUAGUUUUUCCUAUUGUAAGUUAAUGUUGAGUAAAGAGGCAUCUUUGCUUUUAGAAAUGACCCUUGCCUUUGCUUUUAAAGUGGGAUUGUAAGUCAGUAAUUUAUGAAAUCAUACUAAGGAAGAUGACACUUGUUACCACCUUGUUCCUUUUGUUAAGGCUAACAAAUUUACAUGGAACGUAUAUUAAUAUAUAACUUAAAUACUUUUAUAUAGUUAUACCAAAACACUAGUCUUUAAAUUAUAGUUGGUGAAUAAUAUAACCAUAUGCAUUCUGUCUGACAGCCAGUGUGUCUAUGUUUUUAUUUUUUCUAGUUGGUCACCACAGCAAAAAUCUGCCUCUCAACAAUCUAUUUGCAUUUGAAAUUUUUUUUUUUAUCCUCAGCUCCUCACCAUUAUGGCUUAAAGACUACACAGACCUGGUGACUCAACUUAGAAUAAAGUAUACUCUUCAAAUACAAAAUAAACUAUGUUUAAACAUGAAUAAA